GACUUCGCUCGUUGUUUAUACAUUCGUUUUCUACCAACUCGAGACGACACACGGAAUACAGACCUGCUGUUCACAAUUCACAAUGGCUGAACAAGGCCUUUUCUCGUCCGACCUCAUCUCUCCUAGCGUUUCUGCUGCUCUUCCAGAAGGCUACACGGCCCGCUCCCUGCGAUUGUCCGAUUACGAUGCGGGUUUUCUCGACUGUUUACGUGUUCUGACGACCGUAGGCGAAAUUAGCAAAGAGCAGUUUGCCGAAAGAUACCAGUGGAUGUCAUCUCAAGACACGUACUAUGUCCUUGUUAUCGAGGACACAUCGAGGGAGAAGAUUGUAGGGACUGGAGCCCUACUUGUAGAAAGGAAAUUCAUUCAUAGCCUUGGCCUAGUCGGCCAUAUCGAAGAUAUCGCCGUCGCCAAGGAUCAACAAGGCAAGAAGCUCGGCCUUCGUUUAAUCCAAGCGCUCGACUUCAUCGCCGAGAAGGUCGGCUGCUAUAAGACUAUCCUCGAUUGUAGCGAAGCAAAUGAAGGGUUCUACGUAAAAUGUGGAUUCCGAAGGGCCGGGUUGGAAAUGGCCCAUUACUAUAACAGCGAUAAGAGUAAGGCCCAGUGAGAAGAGGACAAGCAACAGUGAACAUAAUACAUAAUUUAUACGCUCGCGCUUGUUCUGGCUCUUGAUACCUCGGCUGACUCCGGGAUGCCUGGUAGAGUCGAAGAUCUAGGUUAAUAAGAUGGUCCUUUCAGAAGAGGCCACGAAUCACAAAAGGGAUGAGAUAUAAUAAACUAGAGCAAGGUUAUAGAGUUCCGGAUACUAACAAACAAACAACGUUCUACUUUUUGGGAAGGUUGUUUGCUGGAUAGAGUAUAGAGUCUAAAUUUAAAGACAUGUG